AGAAGAGAAUAAAAGGCAGAGCAUACCUUCCAAUCUUUCUUCCAUAGAGGUAUGAAAUAGGAGAGAACCCUCCAACAUAUACCUCAUGCAGCAGCUCAACCGUUUCUGUUUGAUCCUUCCCGCCAACAUCUUCGAGCCAUCCGAUCAUGACACGAAGGAACUACCACCACCUUCAUCGUCGUCCCCACCUUCCACAAAGAGAGAACGCAUCCGUCGCUGGUUCACCGACAUCAUUCGCAGCUUCUGUUGCUGUUCCGGUCGGAAAUCAAAAUGCAUGGGAUCUUUCCAUCCACAGAGUAUUCAUGCCAAAGCGUAUUACAGUGGUGUCCUGGACUCUCACCAGCAAUUCCAGGACAUGGCUGGAAUUAUAACAUCCGACCAGAUGUUCCGUGGCAAUCCCAGAAUCUUCAGCUAUGCUGAGCUUUACAUCGGUUCCAAUGGUUUUAGCGAGGAAGAGCUUCUUGGGAGCGGAGGCUUCGGUCGUGUCUACAGGGCAGUGCUGCCCAGCGAUGGAACAGUCGUAGCGGUGAAAUGCGUUGCUGAUAAGGGAGAACGGUUUGAGAAGACGUUUGCAGCCGAGCUAGCUGCUGUCGCUCAGCUCCGGCACCGCAAUUUAGUCCGCCUCAGGGGAUGGUGUGUGCACGAAGAUCAACUCCUACUUGUCUAUGAUUACAUGCCGAAUCGUAGCCUCGACCGUCUCCUUUUCCGUCGCCAGCAAGAUGGAUCAGCUAUUUCUGCAUUGCUUAGCUGGGAACGCCGUUGGCAUAUCGUGUCCGGCCUCGCGGCCGGGCUAUUCUACCUGCAUGAACAGCUGGAGACGCAGAUUAUCCACCGUGACGUUAAAACAAGCAAUGUCAUGCUUGAUUCUGACUACAAUGCGCGUCUUGGGGAUUUUGGAUUGGCUCGGUGGCUCGAGCAUGAUCACAAGCACGACCCAUCACCGAAGCAAUUGCCGCCGCUGACAAUGAAAAAUUACCGGUUCCGAUUAGCAGAGACUACGAUGAUUGGUGGAACAAUUGGGUAUCUACCCCCAGAGAGCUUCCAGAGGAGGAGUGCCACUGCAAAAUCUGACGUGUUCAGCUUCGGAAUUGUCUUGCUGGAGGUGGUCUCAGGUCGGCGGGCUGUCGAUCUGACAUACUCAGAUGAGCAGAUUGUCUUGCUUGAUUGGGUUAGAAGGUUAUCAGAUGAUGGGAAGAUGUUGCAAGCUGGAGAUAGCCGGCUAAUGGAUGGAUCCUACAAGCUUUUGGACAUGGAACGACUCAUCCAUCUCGGCCUCCUUUGCUCGUUGAAUGACCCGCAAUCACGUCCGACGAUGAAAUGGGUCAUGGAAGCACUUUCCCAACAUUACUCAGGCGAAUUGCCAAGCCUCCCAUCUUUCCACAUGCUUCCUCCCUACAUCUCUUUAUCCUCACCCACCACCUCUGCUACAACCACAACCACGACAACAGAAACAACAACUGACUCUUUGUCUGCAGCUUUUGUCACCGCCACCGGCAACACCAUGUUUGUAACUGCUGAUGAUGGUAGCGGUGACAGCGGUUCCAGAGAGAGUAACCGCCACCAUUUGACAUCUUUCCCGUCAGUUGACACACCACGAGAAAUAUCUUUCAAGGAAAUCCUGGCAGCUACAAACAACUUCUCGGAAGCUCAAAUGGUUGCAGAGAUGGACUUUGGUACUGCAUAUCAUGGCUACCUCAACAACCGUCUCCACGUGCUGGUGAAGCGGCUUGGGAUGAAAACAUGUCCGGCAUUGAGAGCGCGCUUCUCCAAUGAACUCCAAAACCUUGGAAAUCUCCGCCAUCGGCACCUGGUGCAGCUCCGAGGAUGGUGCACCGAGCAGGGGGAGAUGCUUGUCAUCUACGACUACUUGACGCACCGCUCACUCAGCCUCCUCCUCUUUCCUCAUCACCACAAGAUUGGACGGCCUCUUCUCCGGUGGCGACACCGUUACAACAUCAUCAAAUCACUGGCCUCUGCCAUCCUUUACCUCCAUGAGCAAUGGGAUGAGCAAGUGAUCCACAGGAACAUCACCUCCUCAGCCAUCUUUCUUGAUUCUGACAUGAACCCGCGUCUCGGUUCCUUCGCCCUGGCUGAAUUCCUUACGCGGAAUGAACACGGUCAUCACGUUGUUACCAGCUCAAACACAGCUGCUCGUGGAAUCUUCGGUUAUAUGUCACCUGAGUACAUGGAGUCUGGCAAGGCAACCACAAUGGCUGACGUCUAUAGCUUUGGGGUGGUAGUGCUUGAGGUGGUGAGCGGACGCAAGGCAGUGGAUUUCCGCUGGCCUGAGGUGCUGCUCGUAGAGAAAAUUCGUGGAUUGGAGGCGAGAAAGCGGCAGUUGGUGGAGCUGGUGGAUUGGAGAUUGGAUGGAGAAUACGAUUGUCGGGAAUUACUGAGGCUAGUAAGAUUAGGCUUGGCUUGCACGCAUUCAAAUCCAGAGUCGAGGCCAUGCAUGAGGCAGAUCGUUAGCAUACUCGACGGGAAUGAGAGCUGCCUGCAGCCGGUGACUGAGGAGAGAAGGGACGAUUGGGAAAGAAAGAACAUUUCAUCUCUGUCCUUGGUGAAGAGAAUCCAGGCCCUUGGCAUAUACUGAAUACCAGAUUGAUUUUUCUAUGAGAAUGCUGAAUACAAUGCGAAUCAUAUGAAUCAGAACAUUCCCUGUUAUCUCUGUUUGUAUACUGUUUCAGGAAUCAGUUGUAAAUACAGGAGCUUUAUGUUUGGAUGUGCAAUAUAGCCUAGUAAACAGCGCGAAUUCUCCCAUGAUCAUCAUUUUCAAAUGUAAAUCUGCAUCAGCAAUGAAUUACAUAUGGCGGGAAGGAACAAUGGUCGAUUGCUAUGUUGAGAAGCAAGAAUUGAGACGGUCACCUGUUCAGCCUUCCCAAUUUUCUAAUUUCCAAUGAUUGGACUCCUUACCAGAUGAGCAGAUGGAGACCAAUGUUGGGAGGCAUGAAUUACCGUAAGCAGGAAGGUAAACGUUGGUUCUUCUUCCUAUGACCAACCUGUUUUGCAGCCAGUGUUCAAAAAAUGGGAAUGUGACAUAACAUAUAUCGGGAGUUUAUCGGAUACAUUCCUCUGGAGAUUCAAACAUAAGACCAACAUGUACUGAAAGUAUUUCACAUUCAAAUUUAGCAUUCUUCCUAUUUGGACAAGCACAUGCACCAACAGUCAAAAGAUCCAAACACAAGCUUCAUUUAUGGUGAUGCAUUCCCCUAGUGAUAUAAAGGAAGUAUUGAGAUGUAAUGAAAUAUGGAAUAUUCAUUUUCACCUUUUAUCACUGUUUUGUACCUUUCUAAAUCAUGCAAUAUCAUACGUCGAAUUCUAUUUCA